UCUGCUGCAAAUACCCGAUCACGCCAAUCUCGCUCGCUAGCCUGCUUCCUUCCGACUCUCACGAAGCGCUUCCCAGAACCUCUUCGUCUCGCUCCCUCCCUCGAUCGCUCUCCGUUUGGAGUAAUCUCGAAGGCUGUCGUAUCCCGGAUUCGAAUCCCCUGCUUCCGCUCACCCCCUAGGAUCGAAGCAACAUCCCCUUCGUUUGCUCUUGAACGCCGGUUGAUCGGGCACGACGGAGGGUUUCUAGGGUUUCGACCGUGUGGUUCGUGUCGAGCUCUGGAGGGUUUUGUUGGUGAUUUAAGGUCUGGUCUAGGAGGACGAGAGGCGGAGGAGGGAGGGGGUGAUGAGGUUGAACGGGGAAAUCCCGUACCUACGAAAUGAGGAGGAGAAUGAGAACGAUAGCGUCGCCCUGAUAUCGCUUCCGCCGCCGCCGCCGCCGACGCUGGAGAAGCUCGUCGUGGGGUAUGCUCUGACCUCCAAGAAGGUCAAGAGCUUCUUGCAGCCGAAGCUGGAAGGGUUGGCAAAGAAGAAAGGAAUUGUAUUUGUUGCCAUUGACCAGAGCCAACCACUUGUAGACCAAGGUCCUUUUGACAUUGUUCUUCACAAGUUGACUGGAAAAGAGUGGCAACAAAUUCUGCAGGAUUAUUGGGAAAAACAUCCAGAAGUUACUGUCCUUGAUCCACCUGCUGCCAUACAACAUCUGUACAAUCGCCAAUCAAUGCUCCAGGAUGUAGCUAAUUUGAAUUUGUCUGACUGCUAUGGUAAAGUUGGCACUCCUAGGCAGCUAGUUAUCACCAAAGACCCAUCAUCAAUUCCAGAUGCAGUUAGCAAGGCUAGGUUAACUCUUCCAUUAGUUGCGAAACCCUUAGUGGUUGAUGGAAGUGCAAAGUCACAUGAAUUAUCACUUGCCUAUGAUGAGUUCUCCUUAUCAAAGCUUGAUCCUCCCUUGGUUCUCCAAGAGUUUGUUAAUCAUGGCGGUGUUCUCUUUAAGGUCUAUAUUGUUGGAGAGGCAAUAAAGGUUGUUCGUCGAUUUUCCCUUCCUGAUGUUAGUAAGCGCGAACUCUUGAACAAUACUGGUGUCUUUCGGUUCCCCAGGGUUUCUUGUGCUGCAGCAUCUGCAGAUGAUGCAGACCUGGACCCUAGUAUUGCUGAACUUCCUCCAAGGCCAUUGCUUGAGAAGCUCGCUAGGGAGCUCCGUCUUCGAUUGGGUCUUCGAUUAUUCAACAUAGAUAUAAUCAGAGAGCACGGAACAAGGGACCGGUUUUAUGUCAUUGAUAUCAAUUAUUUUCCUGGUUACAGUAAAAUGCCAGGCUAUGAACACAUAUUUACCGACUUCCUUCUGAGCGUGGUACAGAGCAAGUUCAAAAGGCUACUAAGUAGCAACUGAUCAUCUAGCUUGAGGAUGCUGCUCGACGGCACGAAGCACUUGCCGGAUACCUGAACCCGGGGGGAGCCGAGUCCCAACCCGAUGCUCAAUGUAUAUAAGCUCGGAGACCCACAAUAAUCUGGAGCUUUAUUCCGAGAUGGUGGCAUUUAAUGUGCAGAUAAGUGCUACUGCUUCCCUCUUCUCUGGUUACUGAUUCAUGUUAUAAGCAAGCCUUCUGUGAAAGUCUAAUUACACCCCUCCUCUUUUAUCUUUUGUGGUUCGUUCCUUGUUCAUGUUCUAAUGGAUGAUCAAUGUAAUUCCAGUUUCCGAACAGUGUGCUUUGUGGAGUGAGGAACCAAAUCUACAACGUUAGUGGCUAAAACUCUCCUUUUUGUAUGAUUUUUAUAGGAGGUUUAAGAACAUUGUUCAACCUGACAAAUUUUAAUAGCAGAUAAUGCAUCUUUGACGUGAAA